AUGGCAAGCGUGGUCAAGGGAAGCCACAGCCCAAAAACCAAAAUUGGAAAGAAUCAGAAACAAUUUCGCAUUCUCUUUUCGUUUCCUCCCUAUUUUGCCGUGGACAUCCUGCGAAACUUGGGUCGAAAGGUCGCUUUUGCAAAUCGUGCACGACUUGAUUUGAUCAUUGAGGAUGAGAUGGGCUCGACACCGUUCUCGAGCGCGAAUCAAUCCCUUCAACAUGGCCAUGCAUGUCGAGAAAUGAUCUCACAGACAGAGAAACGGCUAUCCAAUCGGCAAAUCUACCGUAUCUCGGGCUCGGUCGGCAGGUAG